AUGACCACUACACGCGGCCGACACUUACCGACGACUCCUUACUGGACGCUCGGGUCAGACGCGGCGGUCGUGUCGGUUGUGAGUCAGACAUUGGUGGCCGACAGUCGGGACAUGAAGAGAUUCUUCGGCUUCGGGUCGCAGUCGAAGGCCAACAGUGGGUCCGCCGGUUGUCCGCAGCCGAGUGUGGAUCACAUCAGCGGUGAUGUCCAACGGGUGUCCCUCGAGAUCGAGUCGCUGUCCAAACAGAUCCGUAUCGAUGAGCAGAAGUGUCGACAAUUGGACACCGAUUUCGCCGAAGAGGUCCAGUCGUACGGACGGCUCGAACGCCGACACGAAGACAAUGGCCGGAGAAAAGACCAGACCAUCGAUGAGAUCAAACGCUUGAGCCAACACGUGGUGACACUCAUGCGUGCGAUCGAGUCGUCUGACGCUAUGGUCGAUGAGUUGGAGCGAGAGGUGCGCCGAAUGGAGGCCGAAGUGGACGCCCAGAAGCGUCAGUUCCGGUCACUUCUGGACCAAUACAGCCGUCAGUAUAACGAGAGGAAAGAGGCGUACGAAGCGAUCGGUCAGUAUUUGGAUGUCGACGGCAGCGGAACCGGUGAACGAGAGGACGACAUAGCGCUGGACUCCCGGCGCCGACAGAUGCGAGCGCUCAGAGCGGAGAUCCAGUCGCUGGAGACCCGCGCGGCCGCCUCUAAGCCGAAGGGUUUGACUGAAGACCAGUGGCGUCGUUGCGCGGAUCCGAUCGCCGCGAUCGUAGAGAUGGCCACAAUUAAAGUGAAAUCGAUGCAAAUGGACGAAUGGAUUGUACGCCAACUCAUGGUAAUGGAGGGUUUGGUUUCGCCCCAACAGUCGGUGUCGAGUGAUGAGCAACAGAUCGUUGGCCACCACUUUCAGGGCGGGGACAGUGUGUCGGCCCGAAGACCGGACGGCGCGGCAACAGUGCAAUCAAUGGCCGCAAUCGAUAGCCAAAGAGCUUUAUUCGGUGUCCAAUCGUUGGCGAUUGACUCGCAAAAGCCAAUCGACAAUCAGAGCGCCGUAUUUGGUAUCCAAUCGUUGACUAUUGACUCUCAGGCGUCACCCGACAGCACGAGAGCUAUAUUUGGUUUGCAUUCGUUGUCCGCCGACGGCAAGACUGCUGACAGUCUAUUCGUCAGUACUGUAUUUGACACGCGAUCGGUGGCCAGUCGUUCGCCGAAACCGAUGGACAGUAUGUUUGGUCUCCAAUCAUCGAUCGCUAGCCCUCCGGGCGGCGGACUCUCUCUGUUUGGUGGCCGCGAAGUGGCUUUUGGUUCUGGAGUUGGAAGUCCUCCGGGCGGUGGCGGCGGCUCUCUGUUUGAUCUGCAAUCUGCGGCCUCGACCUCACGGGCGUUGAGUCCGACCGAUGGGAGCGCUCUGUUUGGCGCACAAUUUGGUGCCAAAAGUCCCGACGACGGCGACGACGACCAGAAGUCGACCAAUAGUUUCGGGUUCUUUGGCGGCAAACCCACUGACGGCGACGACAACGACGAUAAUAACAAUGGAUUCAGUUUUUUCUCAUAA